AUGGCUAUCCCAUUCCUAGCCGGCAUGAUGAUUGAUAGGGCCAUAGAUCAAGGACGACAGCCUAGUGAAGACCGCAGAGUCAACCUUCAACGCACAUUGUAUCGGCGCGAUCAGCUCGCUAACCCCCAGUACAACAGCCAAAUGGCACUGGAUACACUUUCCACCUCUCCGUUGGGCAAAGUUGAGCAAAGCACGUGGAUUGAGUCAUGUGACUUAUCGGCGCGCCUUUCUGCCCUCACGGCGUUUCUCAGAUCCCUCCGAUUGCAGUGCCCCAGGCUAUCCUGUCUCGCAGACUCUGGCAUUUCUUCUCUCAAGAAGACACGCAUCGUAGGCCAUGUCUCAACAAGCCCAGAGACAUCAGCCGUUACUUCAAGCAGCCAAGCUUCAGGGCUUUCUCCAUCCAUGAGGGCAAGGCCAUCUGUCCGCAAAGCAAGACUAAGCAAGAGAUCAACCUGCAACGAAGACGGCUCUGACGACGAUGAUGAAGAACCCAGAGCCUCCACGAAAAAGAGAGCAAAGUUUGAGAGCACGAAACUUCAAUUUGCCUGUCCUUUCUGGAAACUGGAUCCGAGCAAGCAUCGGUCGUGUUACAGUGCUACACUCUCGGAGACCAGAUACGUCAAGCAGCAUAUACUUCGACGUCACGUACAGCCACCUCACUUUCACAAGAGCCAAACGCCAUGCAUGCCCGAUGGCUCGCCAAGACCUGAACUUGAAGGAAUUGAUUCAGCCCAGGAACGAGUACUUCUUUCUUGGAGAGCCAAAAGAGGUUCAUCUAAAGAAGAGCAAUGGUUUGAACUAUGGAAAAUGAUAUUUCCUUACUUACCCACUCCAUCUUCGCCAUUCAUGGACGAAGAAGUCAUCGCACAACCCCAACCCGAACACAUUUCAGCGCAGUUGAAUGCACCCAGAUUCAACAAAAGAUUCAAUUUGUCGCUCAACGAAAGGAACGUAGCAAAGAAUAUUUGCGUCAUCAGAGAAGAGUCUCCUGAGAUCGAAUGGCUCAAUAAGAAUCAGAAACAACGGCUACAGCAAAGGUCCAUGAAGACGAAUGAAGCUGAAAAGUGGAGAGAAAUGUACUCGACACUAUUUCCAGGCGCCCGGGAAAUAUCUAGUCCUUACCAUGAAGAACCGGAGAGUCAUGCAAAACGGAAAGAUCCGGCAGUUGAAAGAUACUCUGAGUUCUUGGAUAGAGAACUUCCUCAGGCUGUUCGACGCGAACUCGACAAAAUGGGAUUUUUGGGAGACGAAAUGACGAGCCAACUUGUGGGAAUUGUUAGGGAAGCCCAGGCUUCUCUUUCUCGACAGUACGAAUUUUCUAUGCUCUUCGACAGCAAUGAAGAGUCGAAGAAGACUGAAUCGGUGGAAAACACGCUUCUCGAGAGAUUUCAUUCCCCGAACUUAACUCCCAAUGUUCAGACACAACCCUACAACGGAGAUGUCUUCAGUACUGCGGCCUAUGAUGGUCCAAAAUCUUCUGAUACUACACUUUCAAAGUGUCAAUCUGAUGUAUAUCCACCGAAAAACACAUUUUCGGCUGCACAAUCUGAGCAGGACCUGUUUGAAUGGGCUACCUUUGACCCGGCAUCUUUUGGCCCAGAUCCUUACUUGGACCCUGUCAUCGAGGACUUCCCGUUCUAG